AUGUCUCCUCGGAACGGGGAGAGGGAGGCGCAUAUACCCGACUCGAGCAUCCAUCUUCCCUCUGCGUCAGCACCAUAUGUAGCCCACAGUCAUGCAGCGCCCUUCACGUACCAUCUUGCCGGAAGUAUGGGUUGGAACAGUGAUCCCCAACAACACGUUCAGCAGCAAAGGUCGCCUCAGAAGCCCUUUAACGUUGCUCUGUACGCGAUACACGCCGAGGAGAAACCUCAUCAGCAGGUCCACGUACACGGAUACACCCAUUUCAACCCCCAUUAUAAUCCGCGCCAGCAGCAACACGUCCAGCCUCAAGAGGACGUGCUCAUGUCGUCUAUCCCCACCUCCGGGCAUCCUCUUUUGCCGCAGGUCGUCGUUACUUCCUCGAGCGAGCAGCCCCUGGCGAAGCAAACAGCUACAACUCCAGGUACUUCCGUCUCCUUACAAAAUCGCCAGCUCGCCCCACCCCCAAAAGCCGUCAGACAGAAGGUCGAACAGAAGAUGUCUCCGGGCUUCUUGGGAAGCGAGGAUAUGUCCGUGUUCAAGGAGUUUGCAGAUAUGGAUAUUGGAUCUCCCGGUCUCGGCGUGAACAGGCUCUUGGUGGAGGCGAUCCAUGAAUACUUCGUCAAGAAAGGCUGGUUCCUCACAGCAAAGUCUCUCCAACAAGAAGCACUUGGUACGAUACGAAGACCUCGUACAUCGGCGAUGGUGCGAGCGGAGAGAGAACUAGCUCAGAAGGCUGUCAUGGCCAAACCGCCUCCUCCCUGGCCGGCCACAGAGAAGAGUGCGAUGUAUAACUGGUUUGAGGAAUAUUGCAGGCAGCAAUUGUUUCCCGCGACUCGUGUGCGUCAGGCGCAGUAUCAAAGACAUCCUCCGCCCUCGCCGCCGGCAGUCUCGGCUCAGCGGGACACAUCAGGCAACAAUCAGGCAGCAGGACUAGGUUCAUCUGGCCUUGUAGCGGCUUCUUCGGCUAGUCGCGUAGCAAACCCACCAAGCAGCGUGAGUCGCAGCCUUGGCAAGAGGAGUGUUCUCUGA